AUGUCGCUUCUUGACGUCUAUGAAGAGCCACCGGCAGCCUCCUUAGAUGAGUCUGAGAGCGAGACAGAGAGCAAACUCACCCGGGAUAGACGCUCUGAACGUCAAAAGCUUCAAGAGGCUCAGUUCCAAUCACUAUUAGCCCAACAUGCAAAUCGUGACCAUAGCACGAGCGAGAAGACCGAGAAGGUUCGGAGCUCAGCCUUCCCACGCGAGCACCUCAACAUUUCCCAGCUACUCAAAAGACAAGAAAUCGGUCGCGCCGAUCUGGACCCUCGUGCGUACCAAAUCGAGCUAUUCGAGCGAGCAAAGGCCGAGAAUACGAUCGCAGUUCUUGACACAGGAUCGGGAAAGACCUUGAUUGCUGUCCUUCUGCUGAAGCAUAUCCUGCAGCAAGAGUUGAUCAAUCGUGCAGACGGCAAGGCUCCUCGAAUUGCCUUUUUCUUGGCCCAUAGCGUGACUCUUGUGUUUCAGCAGUCCGCUGUAUUGCAGAAUAAUCUUGACCAGAAUGUGGCACACAUCUUCGGUGCGAUGGGCCCAGAUCUCUGGGAUCAAAAAAUCUGGGAUGACUACUUUGCCAAAAACAUGGUCAUCGUCUGCACAGGGGAGAUUCUCAACCAAUGCCUGCUGAAUGGCUUCAUCAAGAUAAGUCAGAUCAACAUUUUAAUCCUCGAUGAAGCUCAUCACGCGAAGAAAGAUCACCCUUAUGCACGCAUCAUUCGAGAGUCCUAUCUCAAAGCCCCUUUGUCUGAACGCCCUAGAAUAUUUGGGAUGACGGCUUCACCUGUCGAUGGAAAGACCAAGAUGACUGAAGCAGCAGCUCAACUCGAGAUCCUGCUUGGUAGUCGGAUUGCCACCACUGCAAAUAUGGAGGCGCUCCGUCAGAUCGUGAACCGACCGUUCGAGGAAACGUGGACAUAUUCGAAGCUUGGCUUACCUUUUGCAACAAAAAUAUACACUCAGCUGCAAGAGACGUUCGGAAAGGUGAAAUCACUUGAGCCCGUUUUCAGAUUCGCUUGGGCUGCCAGCUCAGAGCUAGGUGAAUGGUGUGCGGAUCAGGUGUGGAUCCAAGCCCUGAGGGAGGAUGUGAUACCUCAUCUCGAAAGUGGCACAGGAAAACACCCCGAGUCGGACCCUUAUGGGACUGAGCAGACUCGGAAAGAUCUCGACCCAUGGGCCGAAGGCCAGCUCAGUUCGAAGGUUCGACUCCUUCUGGAGAGAUUGGCACUUCAUUUCGGUUCAUCAGAUAAGAAGAAGUGCAUCGUCUUCGUUGAGCGACGCAAUACCGCGAAGGUUCUGCUGCGCCUUUGCGAGGUGUUGAAAAUUCAAAACCUUCGCCCCGGAAUCCUGGUCGGAGUUCGAAAGUCCGAUAUCACUGGAAAUGUUACAUUUCGUCGUCAGUUUGAGGUCAGGGGCCAGUUUCAAGAUGGGACAGUCAAUUGUCUCUUUGCGACAGCAGUUGCGGAGGAAGGCCUCGAUAUCCCAGAUUGUAAUUUCGUCGUGAGAUUCGAUCUCUACGACACGCUCAUCCAGUACAUCCAGAGCCGCGGACGCGCACGGCACGCCAAAUCGACCUAUGUAACCAUGGUUGAGGCAGACAAUGAGAGUCAUAAAAGAAAACUGCAACAAGUGCGCGAAGCAGAAGUUCUCAUGAGAUCCUUCUGUGAGACCCUCCCCAAAAAUCGGUUGCUUUGUGGACAUGACUUUGAUGUCGACCUGAAAGCAGUUCUGGGAAAAGAAAAGGGAAAGAGAACUUACAUCAUCGAAUCCUCUGGAGCAAAAUUGACCUACGGGCAUGCAAUUGACGUUCUGGCCCGCUAUGCAGCAUCACUGCAGUAUCAGGAGGAAGACGUUAAUCAGAAUCAGAAUCAAACUCAAACUGACACAAGCACCUAUGUGAACUACACCAUGCUCCCUGUCGGAGACAAAUUUAUCUGCGAGGUCAUGCUUCCUGACAAGUCUCCUGUCAGAGGCGUGCUAGGCACCUCGGAGUCAAGUAAAGCCAUGGCCAAAGGUUCGGGAGCAUUUGAUGCUUGCAUGAUGCUCCGGAAGCUCAAACUUUUAGAUAAUCAUUUCAGGCCGAUGCUUCAUCGGCACCUACCUGCCAUGCGGAAUGCCAAGCUGGCAAUCGCUUCGAAGAAACAGGAUAAGUAUGACCGGCGCUGCAAGCCAUCUCUCUGGAGCGAUCGGAUUGGGGCACUCCCAACAUCGCUAUAUGUGACGUUGAUCCGGUUCAGUCCAUCAAAGCCGCUGACGCGACAUCAUGCCCCGUUGAUAUUGCUUACCCGUAAAAAGCUCCCGAGCUUUCCUAGUUUCCCGAUUUUCCUGGAUGAUGACAUAGAGACCUCAAUCCAGACGGUGUGUUUCGAGAACCCUCUCGCUGUCAGCUCCCAGCAGCUAGGCUAUUUCACAGACUUCACACUCUCUGCAUUCCGUGAUGUAUUUCACAAGAUUUUUGCCAAAACCCCAGAGGUAUUUCCCUAUUGGCUGGCCCCAGGGCGUUCGGGCACGGAAGUCAUAAGUUCUCCUACUUUGUCGGAUGCCAUGAUCGACUGGGGAGUCUUGCGUUUCGUUCAAGAGCACCGCGAGUGGAGGUGGUCAGAAGACAUGGAGCCUGAAUCUCUUCUAAAUCGUUUCAUUUACGACCCAUGGACUGGCAGAUAUCGUUAUUUUCCACUCAAGAUUGACCCGGAUUUGAGUCCAUCAGACGCUCCACCUUCUUAUGUGUCAGACCGCCCUGGACUCAUGCAAAACAUCAUGAAUUACUCCUCGAGCCUGGGCAAAAGAUCGCGAUCCCUUUUCCUGGAACGCUGCAACUGGGCUCAGCCAGUAUUGCAAGUAGAGAUUGUUUGCCUCCGCAGAAAUUUCCUGGACAGAGCAACCGCGUCCGAGAAAGCCGGGAAAAGAAAAUGUGUUAUCUGCCCUGAAGCGGUGAUGCUCUCUGCGAUUCCUUUGUCAGUGGUUACAUCCUGCCUGGCGUUUCCUGCUGUCAUUAGCAGACUAGAGUCAUAUCUGAUAGUGCUGGAGGGCUGCCAGCACAUAGGUCUCGAUCUCAGGCUGGAUUACGCUUUGGAAGCCUUUACCAAGGACUCUGACAACACUGAAGAGCAUCGUGAGGAGCAAAUACAUGUCCAGCGAGGCAUGGGCAAGAACUACGAGCGUCUGGAGUUCCUGGGUGACAGCUUCCUCAAGAUGGCCACAUCAAUUGCGCUUUACUGCCAGAGGCCGGACGACAACGAGUAUGACUAUCAUGUCUACAGAAUGUGCCUUAUCUGCAACAAGAACCUUUUUGACGCGGCGAUUAAGAUCGAGCUCUACGAGUAUAUCAGAAGUCGUGCAUUUUCUCGUCACACAUGGUUCCCUCCAGGCAUCCAUCUUCUCCAAGGGCGCAACUUUACCAAAAGUCUUCAGACUGAAGCUAGUCACAACCUGGCCAAAAAGACAAUUGCAGAUGUCUGUGAGGCCCUGAUUGCAGCUGCACUGUUAACGGGGGGAAAAGUCCAUCGUUUCGAUAUGGCCGUCCGUGCUGUGACCCGCUUCGUCAAGAACGACACGCUCACAGUUUCCCAUACUGCAACAUCUUGGGCGGAUUACUACUUGUCUUACACGAAGCCAAAGUGGCAAGACAAUGUGCCGAAUGGAUACGAGUUGGAUCUUGCUCAACAGGUUUUCAAGAAGCUCGGUUACCAAUUCAAAUAUCCUGCCUUGCUUCGGUCUGCAUUCACCCACUCCUCUCUCCCCCGCCAAUUGGCCAUUGUACCAUGCUACCAGCGCCUUGAAUUCCUAGGUGAUGCACUUCUUGACAUGGCGUGUGUUGAGUAUCUGUUUCGUCGCUUUCCCGGCAAGGAUCCCCAGUGGCUCACGGAGCACAAGAUGGCAAUCGUGUCGAACAAGUUUUUGGGUGCCCUAGUGGUGCAUCUCGGACUACAUCGACAUCUCCAAUUCGCUGACGGUCCCAUCCAAGGGCAAGUCACUCGCUAUGCGGAAGAAAUGCAGAGGGCAGAGGCUCAGAGUGACGGUGCAAUGGACUACUGGCUCCAUACUACGGAUGCUCCGAAGUGCCUUCCCGACAUGCUCGAAGCAUACACUGCGGCAAUUUUCGUGGACUCAGGGUUUGACUACGCUGUAGUCGAGGAAUUCUUCGAUGCACACAUCUUACCGUACUUUGUGGACAUUUCUUUGUAUGACACCUUCGCCAACAGGCAGCCGACAACUUUCCUGUUUCACCAGCUGGCCACUGUCUACGAAUGCAAAGACGCCUGUUUGAAGGUUGGAAAAAUUCCUGGGUCAGAUGCAGAGGAGUCGAUGAUGCUUGCUGCCGUGAUGGUACACGGGCAACCCAUAGGAGAAGCGUAUGGAACCUCAAGCCGGUAUGCCAAGGUCAGAGCGAGUGAGAACGCUAUAGAGGCUCUCAAGAUGCUGCUACCCAUUGAUUUCCGCCUCAAGUUUGCUUGUGACUGUCACUCGACGGACACCAAUGCUGAAAAUCAGAUCGAGACUAAAGAAGAGAACCUCCUCGAUCUGCGGUUUGAACAGAAAGGGGUUAUUCCGGUGCUAUGA